UGCAAAGUCCUGCGUGCUCGUCCGUAGCACACACGUACAGAGCUUGAGAGGGUUAUCGAGUUAAUUACCUAGCUAGCCAGCGGCAGUGGUGAUAUUUCCUGUGGAUAUGCAAAUAAAGAUGGCAAAGCAUCGUGCUGCUGCUUCCAUUUUCACACUGGCAUUGGUCCUUGGGGUCUUUGCAGCCACUCCCACAGUGGUGCAAUCCAUCGGUGUGUGCUACGGCGUGAUCGGCGACAACCUGCCGUCGCCGAGCGACGUGGUGCAGCUGUACAAGUCCAAGGGGAUCGACUCCAUGCGCAUCUACUUCCCGAGGAGCGACAUCCUCCAGGCCCUCAGCGGCUCGAACAUCGCCGUCACCAUGGACGUCGGCAACGAGAGGCUCGGCGCCCUCGCCUCCGACCCCUCCGCCGCGUCCUCGUUCGUCCAGGACAACAUCCAGGCCUUCCCGGGCGUCAACUUCCGCUACAUCGCCGUCGGCAACGAGGUGUCCGGCGGCGACACGCAGAGCAUCCUCCCGGCCAUGCAGAACCUCAACGGCGCGCUCUCCGCCGCCGGCCUCGGCAACAUCAAGGUGUCCACGUCGGUGUCGCAGGGCGUGAUCGCCGGGUUCCCGCCGUCCGCCGGCACGUUCUCCGCCUCGCACAUGCCGCCCAUCACGCAGUACCUGGCGAGCACCGGCGCGCCGCUGCUGGCCAACGCCUACCCCUACUUCUCCUACGUGGGCAACCAGGCCCAGAUCGACAUCAACUACGCGCUCUUCACGUCGCCGGGCACGGUGGUGCAGGACGGCGGCAACGCCUACCAGAACCUGUUCGACGCCAUCGUCGACACGUUCUACUCCGCACUCGAGAGCGCCGGCGCCGGCAGCGUCCCGAUCGUGGUGUCGGAGAGCGGCUGGCCGUCGGACGGCGGCACGGCGGCCACCGCGAGCAACGCGCAGACGUACAACCAUAACCUGAUCAACCACGUCGGCCAGGGGACGCCCAAGAGGCCCGGGAACAUCGAGACCUACAUCUUCGCCAUGUUCAACGAGAACCAGAAGGGAGGCGCCGAGACGGAGAAGCACUUCGGCCUCUUCAACGCCGAUCAGUCGCCGGCGUACCCCAUCACGCCACUCGGCCGCCCUCCGGUUCAGUCCAUUGGCGUGUGCUACGGCGUGAACGGAAACAACCUGCCGGCGGCGAGCGACGUCGUGAAGCUGUACAAGUCCAAGGGGAUCGACUCCAUGCGCAUCUACUUCCCGAGGAGCGACAUCCUCCAGGCCCUCGGCGGCUCGAACAUCGCUCUCACCAUGGACGUCGGCAACGAGAAGCUCAGCGCCCUCGCCUCCGACCCCUCCGCCGCGUCCUCGUUCGUCCGGAACAACAUCCAGGCCUUCCCAGGCGUCAACUUCCGCUACAUCGCCGUCGGCAACGAGGUGUCCGGCGGCGACACGCAGAGCAUCCUCCCGGCCAUGCAGAACCUCAACAGCGCGCUCUCCGCCGCCGGCCUCGGCAACAUCAAGGUGUCCACGUCGGUGAGGUUCGACGUGAUCACCGACUCCUACCCGCCGUCCAACGGCUACUUCAAGGACGACUACAUGGUCGACAUAGCCCAGUUCUUGGCGGCCACCGGCGCGCCGCUGCUCAUCAACGUCUACCCCUACUUCGCCUACGUCGGCGACACGAAGGACAUCAGCCUCAACUACGCCACCUUCCAGCCGGGCACGACGGUGACGGACGACGGCAACGGGCUGACCUACACGAGCCUCUUCGAUGCGAUGGUGGACGCCGUCCACGCGGCGCUGGACGACGCCGGCACGCCGGACGUGAGGGUGGUGGUGUCGGAGAGCGGGUGGCCGUCGGCCGGCGGGCUCGGGGCCAGCGCGCGCAACGCGCAGACGUACAACCAGAACCUGAUCAACCAUGUGAAGGGAGGCACCCCGAGGAGGCCCGGGGAGGCGCUGGAGACGUACGUGUUCGCCAUGUUCAACGAGAACCAGAAGACCGGGGAUGAGACCGAGAGGCACUUCGGGCUGUUCAACCCCAGCAAGUUGCCCUCGUACAAAAUUACGUUCCACUAGACAUUCAGCGAUCGAUCGAUCGAUCGAUCAAUCGAUCUGUUUGGUAUUUUGGAAUAAGCUGGAGCUGCUCAUGUCAAAUGCAAAGCGAACGCAUGCAUGCACGUGAGGCAAGCAUAUAAGGUGUUGCGGUGAUAAAAGCAUCUGGCUCAACACGGCACUUAUAUAUAACUCCGCCGUUUAACUGUGAACAAUAAAUUUUAGCUGUGUUUUACUUGAAAAAAAAAUUAAAAGAGUGCACUCUGCAACUGUGUUUUACACGUA